GCGUCGCACCGGAGUUGGUUCAAGCGUUUACAACAUCAGAAGCGGUCAUUACUCACUAUGCCUGACACCAUAUUAAAUCAAUUCUCGGUGCAACAACUAAAAAAAAGUUGGGAGCCCAUGGACGCCAAACUUUCGGCACUAAAGCGGAGUUGAUAGGGCGUCUCCAAGCCAUUUCUCCGGAAAUACGUGGCGAUCCACCGUCAAACAACGGAUCAGCAACGGAUGGAGCUGCAUCGCAGCAAGCACAACGAGAGCUGCAAGAGGGAGAUACCAGUGUUGGAAAGGAGACCGCUAGCAGUGAUGAUCAACGCCAGAGUACAAAUGUAAACAAACUCUUGGAAUCGCCAGCAGCAGCGCUUGCCUUGGCAAAAGAGGUCACCAUGGAGUACGACGGCAGCGUGUGUGUGCAUAAUUGGGUCACACAGUUCCAGAACAUCGGCAAGAUCUACAAUUUGGACGACGGCUGCUUGCAUAUGCUUCUAAUUGCCAAGCUGAAAGAGAGUGCACAACGUUGGCUGCACGCAAACACCACGCGAAUUCUGGAGUCAACCGAUCAGCUGUGUAAGCAGUUAAUUAUGUCAUUUGGGGUCAAAAUGUCCAAAGGAGAAUUGAGGAGCGCAUUCCAAAAGCGGGAAUGGCGUUCAGAGGAGAAAUUUGCGGCUUAUUUCGAGGACAAGAUGAUGCUGGCCAACGGCAUCAACAUCGAUCUGGAGGAACUCCUGGAAAACAUUAUCGAGGGAAUUCCGGUACCAGCGCUACGCAAUCAGGCUCGCAUACAGUGCUUUUCCGAACCGAUGCAGGUUUUGAGAGCCUUCUCGGAAGUGCGUCUGCAAAGCACAAGCCUGAUAAUAGCUCGCCAAAACGCCUCUUUGAAGGAGGUCCAACUAAGAAGGAUUUGCGUUGCGCCAACUGCAACUCAAAAGGACACUUCGCCAAGGAGUGCCUGAAGCCAAAGAGAGAGCCCGGAUCCUGCUACGCUUGUGGAGCGUUCGGACACUUCGUCGGACAAUGCCCGGAGCGCAAGAGCGCCAAUAUCAACAAUUAUAAUGCCUCAUAGACACCGGGAGUCCAAUAUCAUUUGCAAAACUAAGCAGUAUAUCCAGUGAAGUAAAUUUAGAGUCUACUGCUGAAAACUAUUUCGGGCUAAAUAAAAGCCAACUAAUAAUACUCGGAAAAACCUUA